CAUUUACAACAUGCUUCCAAAGCUCUUAAGGAAGAGGACGAAUUCUCUAAGUUUACUAAAAUAGGCAGGCAGUUAGGCUAUGCUGUUUAUAUGUUUUAUGAUAGUUUUGCUUGGGCACAUAGUACUGGGGUUUAUAAAUUUAAUCAAAUAAAAAAAAUAACUACUAAUGCAGCUAGAUUUUGGCUUAUUGGUCUUUCGUUUUCGAUUCUUCAUGGUCUUUAUAAAUUACAUCAAAAUAGACUUAAAAAAGAUUAUUUUGAACGAGCCAGUAAAUCUAAAAGCAUCGAGAGUAAUGAAAGUUCCAGCGCCCAUUCCGAAGUUGCCGUUCUUAGAAGACAGCUUAUCCAAGAUCUUCUUGAUCUAACUAUACCCACUACCUCUCUUGAAUAUAUUCGUCUAGAAGAUGGUAUAGUUGGUCUUGCAGGAUUUUUCUCUGCCAUUAUUGGCGCUAAGACUCAAUGGGAAAAA